AAAGAGCUCUCCUGCGUUAAGUCGACUCACCACGUGAGAAGCCGAAUGUCGACCUCCUUUGACAGCGAACGCUUUGCCGGCCGAGCUGUCAAGGGAGGAGAAAACGCCAAACGAAAAUCUUGACAUCGAUCAACACACGCUCCGCUUUCGGAAAGUUUGCAAAGGGGCAAAGGAAAAGUGUUUUUUAUCGGCGUUCUUCUGCUGCAUUAGUGGAAAUCAAACAAUUCCUUCAAGUUUCCACGAGAGUGCACAAAACCGAAGCAUGUCGGGAAGACGGGUGCCGGCGAACGAGGACCUCUCGAACGUGGAGUUCGAGACGAGCGAAGAUGUGGAGGUGCUGCCGACGUUCAACUCAAUGGGGCUGCGGGAAGAGCUUCUGCGGGGUAUUUACGCGUACGGUUUUGAGAAACCGUCUGCCAUCCAGCAGCGAAGCAUUCAGCCAAUCGUGAAGGGUCGUGAUGUCAUCGCACAGGCACAGUCCGGUACGGGUAAGACGGCCACCUUCUCGAUAUCCAUUUUGCAGUCGAUGGACACGACGCUGCGAGAGACGCAGGUCCUCUGCCUGUCCCCGACGCGCGAGUUGGCCGUGCAGAUACAGAAGGUUAUCCUCGCGCUGGGAGAUUUCAUGAACGUACAGUGUCACGCCUGCAUCGGCGGCACAAAUUUGGGGGAGGACAUUCGCAAACUGGACUACGGUCAGCACGUGGUGAGCGGCACGCCGGGCCGCGUGUUCGACAUGAUCAAGCGGCGCGUGCUGCGCACCCGUUCCAUCAAGAUGCUGGUGCUGGACGAAGCGGACGAGAUGCUUAACAAAGGCUUCAAGGAACAGAUCUACGACGUGUACCGGUACCUGCCGCCCGCAACGCAGGUGGUACUGAUUUCCGCCACCCUGCCGCACGAAAUCCUCGAAAUGACCUCCAAGUUCAUGACGGACCCGAUCCGCAUCCUGGUCAAGCGCGAUGAACUGACGCUGGAAGGCAUCAAGCAGUUCUUCGUGGCAGUCGAGCGAGAGGAGUGGAAGUUCGACACGCUGUGCGACCUGUACGAUACGCUGACCAUCACACAGGCGGUCAUCUUCUGCAACACCCGGCGUAAGGUCGACUGGCUGACGGAAAAGAUGCGCGAGGCCAACUUUACCGUCAGCUCGAUGCACGGCGACAUGCCGCAGAAGGAGCGUGACGAAAUUAUGAAAGAGUUCCGGUCCGGCCAGAGCCGGGUGCUGAUCACGACCGACGUUUGGGCGCGCGGUAUCGACGUGCAGCAGGUGUCGCUGGUCAUCAACUACGAUCUGCCGAACAACCGUGAGCUGUACAUCCAUCGCAUCGGUCGUUCGGGUCGGUUCGGGCGUAAGGGUGUUGCUAUUAACUUUGUCAAAUCGGACGACAUCAGAAUUCUGCGAGACAUUGAACAGUACUACUCCACGCAGAUCGAUGAGAUGCCCAUGAAUGUGGCCGAUCUGAUCUAGAUUUGUGUGUUAUUCUGCUAACACAAUUAAACAGUAAUUCCCAAACACAGACCCAUUUUGUACUACUCAUCUGAUUUGCAUGGCUCCGCCGGUGCAGCACAUUAGAAAACGUAAUCUUUUAAGCGUGUAAUCAUACAGCGUAUAUGUUCUGAAAUUUAACAAUGGACUUGAAAUAAAUAGAAUCAUCCAUCAAUA